AUGGAUGCUGCGGCCAUCGAAGAUGCAAAUCGCCUCCGCGUCUCGCUGGGUAUGAAGCCCUUGCCCGUUCCCGGUGCAAGUGGUCCCCAGUUCAGAGAAAAGACACCCACUCCCGAUGGCGAAGAACCUGCGAGCACCCUGGAAACACGAGAAGCCGCCUCCUACGACAACUACAAGAAGGUGCAAGAUGCUCAAGAUGCGAAAAGACGACGCGAGGAGAAGUCUGCAGCAUUCAAGAAGGCUCGCGACGCCGCAAAACGCUUCGAGGUUCUCGAGGGUAAAGGUCUGGGCGACGCGGACGAAGGGGAAGAUCUUGACGCCAAAUCAUGGUUGACGAGCCAGAAGAAGCGGCAGAAGAAAAUCGACAAGGCCCGCAAGUUAGAGCAGGAACUAGCAGCUGCUGAGGCAGCCGCCGCCGCCGCGGUUCGAUACACAUCGAAGGAUCUUGCCGGAGUCAAAGUCGGACAUGAGCUCGGGGCGUUCGAGGAUGGAGACGAGCAGAUCUUGACGCUGGCCGACAAGGAGGUUCUGGAAGAUGACGACAAAGGUGACGAGCUGGUGAACGUCGAGUUGCGCGAGCGAGAGAAGCUCAACGAAAACCUCGAGUUGAAGAAGAAGAAGCCUGUCUAUGACCCGCAUGCAGUCAACGAUGAUGGCGAGCGCAACAUUCUUGCUCAGUACGACGAUGAAAUCGGUGGGAAGAAGGGAAAGCGGUUCACUCUGGAUGGGCACGGGAAUACCGUAUUGGCCAGUGAUUCAACCGACCAACCUCAAGGUCGUCAACUGCAGAAGAUCAACCUCGAUUUCCUGAAAGACGACCAGCCUGCAUCUGAUUACCUAGACAUUUCCGAGAUCAAAGUCAAGAAACCUAAGAAGAAGUCGAAGUCAACGAGACAACGACCGGUCGAUGAGGAUGACAUCUUUCCUGUGCAGGCGGCUGAACAGGAUCAAGCGAUGGACAUCGACUCUGGUGCUAGUUUUAUUAGCAGGAAGCGCAAGACCGAGGACACCUCAUUUGUUGACGAUGAGGAUCUACAAGCGACUUUGGCUAUUCAACGAAGAGAUGCCUUGAAGAGAAGGAAAAGAAACCGUCCGGAAGACAUCGCUCGCCAGCUUCGACAGGAGGCGGAAACACCAGACGCCGAUGACGAGGCCACAGAUGCCCAAAGUGGUGGGCUUGUUAUUGAUGAAAUCUCGGAGUUCGUCUCGGGCCUGAAAAAGGAAGACAUUGAAGACCGAAAGCACCGCAAACCCAAGUCCCCUGAAAACGAGCCGGUCACCACUAUGGAAAACGACUCUGACGAGGAUGAACCAAUGAAGGAUGAUGACGACCAUGACGACAGAGCCAGGCGCGAGACAUCAACACCUGCCGAGGCUGCGGUCAUCGGCGUCGACGAGGAAAAGAUUGUUGGGACUGGUAUUGGCGCUACAUUGCAGCUCCUGAGAGAACGCAGGCUUCUUAAGGAAUCAGAAUCAGGUGACUUGAAUGACAAGUUCCGCCAACAGCAAGCAUUCCUUGCCGAGAAGCGGCGAAGGAUAGAGGACAUCGAGCAAAAUGCCCGCGACCAGCGUGAACGCGACCGCAACAGUGGAAGGCUCGACCGAAUGUCAGUGCGGGAGAGAGAGGAGUGGGCCCGCAACCAGAACAACAGACGCGAUCAAGAUACAUCCCGGCAGAUGGUUGAUCUCUUCAACAAGGGGUACAAGCCAAACGUCGAGUUGAAGUACCAUGACGAGUUUGGACGGUCAUUGGAUAAAAAGGAGGCAUUCAAACUCAUGAGCCACCAGUUCCAUGGAAAGACAAGCGGCAAGGGCAAAACCGACAAGCGACUGAAGAAGAUCGAAGACGAGAAACGACGAGAGUCCCAGAGUAUGCUGGAUGCCAGUCAGAACGUCGGUAUGAGCUCGGCGACAGCUCAGCAGAGUAAGGCGAAGAAGGAAGCAGGCAUCAGACUCGGCUAG